AAAAUUUGGAUUUUUAUCUUUUUAAAUAUCUUCAGUGAAUCCAUUAUGCAAUUCUUAAACAUAAGCCUAUUGUUGAUAGAAGUACCAAACCAAUGUUAAACAAGAAUACUUCAAGCUCRUACAAUCUUCGCCAAAUAAUAGUUCCAGGCAAUUUAACUAGAAGAUUCCUAGAACAAGCGCAACGUAAUACAACAAAUAAUUUGGAGACUUGUGGCAUAUUAGCAGGAAGAUUGAGUUCUAACUGUUUAAUUGUGACUCAUUUGAUGAUUCCAAAACAAAGUGGUACAUCUGAUUCAUGUACUACAAUGAAUGAAGAAGACAUUUUCGAAUUUCAAGACAAGCAAGACCUUAUUACCUUAGGAUGGAUWCACAUUCUAAGAAGAGCAAAGGAUUUCAUACUUUUAGGUUAGGUUAUUGCGACUACCUACCAUAAAGACACUGUACUCUGCAGUAUUACUCGCUCAAUGUGCUCUCGUGGACAAUUUAAAUCGAAAACAUCCCUCGAUUUSCUAUGAUGUAAAACCACCUUGGGUAGGUCUUAGAGUAAUCAAAUUUAACCUAACCCCUCAUUAAGAACUACCCUAGGUGGGUUUUAUAUGUCAAUCAAGCCAG